CGGCAGAACACAUGAUAACAAUUCUUGGGAGUUUCCCCUUUGGCGCCCACAUUCUUUGUUGUUGAAGCUAUCAAUGGAUUUCCACAGAUCUACAACGUAUCUGUCAUACGCGUAACGCAUCGCCACUUAUCAGCCUGUGUUCCACUGGUGUUCUUUUCGAUGAAACUGUUGGAUAGCAUACCGAUAGCAUUCGGAGACAUUCGGGGUUUUUUCCUUUGUAUUACUAAUGAACAUGAUGCGAUCGGGUGUCAAAUCUGGAACAAUCAUUUCCUACCUGUCCAAACGGUUACUCAUCUACGCAUUCGAUGGAAGACAUUCUAACAUGAUAAAAUGCUUGUACACCUGCCACCUGGAACAGCUGAUAGUUCGGGUGGAACAGCGAAGCGAUACGUUAUCAGUUUGAUAUGCGUUCUUUAAAAAAUAUCGCGCAAAUGCUAGCAGCCGUUAAAAGAAACUCGUUUUCGCUAUAUAUAUAUCGUUUUGGAUCGAGUAAGUAACAUACGUACCAGUGCCAGAGAAGUCAACCAAUAUGCAACGCUUUCUAAUUAUUGCGGCUUUAAUUGCCGCUGCGAGCGCUCAGCUCUGCAGAAAUACCGGCGAGUUGGUGCCGAACCCGAUGAACUGCAAGCAGUUCUUCAUGUGCCGUACGGGUCGUACCAUUCUCUUCACCUGCCCGGACAAUACACUGUUUAAUCCGCGCACGCUGGCCUGUGACUCCACGAACAAGGUACGCUGCGAGCCCGGCAACCUCCCGACGAACAUUCUGACCUCCUCCCUGAAGGCGGAACCGUCUCGUAUCGAGCAUACCGUUACGGCUUGCAUCAAUCAGCCCGUCUCGAUGCUGCUGCCUAACACUGCCGAUUGUAGCCGCUUCUACCAGUGCUCGAUUACGGGCGCCAUCAACUUCCUCUGUCCGGCCGGUACUCUGUUCGAUGCUCGUCGCAAGGUGUGCGUUGAACGUGAAGCAGCCGUUUGCGGUACCGUUGCCCUCCCGAACCCACCACUGCUGCCCCAACAACCGAUCCUGCCACCGUCCCUUCCGAUUGUGCCACCAUCCCUUCCGAUCUUGCCACCGUCCCUGCCGAUCGUACCUCAACCUCCAAGCAACCUGAACAGCCUGCAGAUGCUGUGCCGUGGAAAGCCUCUCGGAGCGAAGGUCCGUAAUCCGGUCGACUGCGCGGAGUAUGUCACCUGCAUUGGCACCACCACCCUGCGCUACACUAGAUGUCCGAUCGGAACUGCCUUCGACGAUAUGGCCAAGAUCUGCAACUGGGUUCAGAACGUCAAGUGCUAAAUGGUAGUGCCUCUUUAGUAAGUCAGCCUUUAGAUAUUCCCCGCUAAGGAUGUUGGCAAUUAAAAUGUGGGGAAUCUAUAUAAAACUGGUCGGUUUUUUGUUCUUGCUGUAAAAUAUGGACGAAAUAAAUGUUCUAAUAUUUGUUAUGCAAACAACAACGGUAUGAAAAAAAUAAUAAUAUUACAAACAAACAUGUAGG